GUCAAUAUACACUUUAAAGGUGAGGAUGACAUCCACGGCAGAUCGAGUGGCCCAUCAGCAGAUGAGGGAACAAGGCAUUGGCACCAACCAGCAAGCAGUGAAGUUCUCCCAGCAGGAUUAUGAGACUCUGCGCCAGCAGUGUCUGCAGAAUGGAUGCCUGUUUGAGGAUGCCUGCUUUCCAGCUGAGCGCAAAUCACUGGGCUACAAGGAGCUGGGACCAUACUCAUCCAAGACCAGGAGCGUUGUGUGGAAGAGGCCAACGGAGCUGUGCUCAGACCCAAAGUUCAUUGAUGAUGGAGCCACAAGGAUGGACAUUUGCCAAGGAAUCCUGGGUGACUGCUGGCUUCUGGCUGCAAUAGCCUCUCUGACUCUAGACGAGCAGAUCCUGGCUCGUGUGGUGCCCUCUGGACAGAGUUUCACCGAAGAUUAUGCCGGGAUAUUUCACUUUCAGUUCUGGCAGUUUGGUGAGUGGGUGGAUGUGGUGGUCGAUGACCGUUUACCCACUCAAGACGGAAAGCUGCUGUUUGUUCACUCAGCGGAGGGCUCAGAGUUCUGGACCGCGCUGCUGGAGAAGGCCUAUGCUAAGGUGCAUGGCUGCUAUGAGGCCCUGUCAGGAGGAAACACUAUUGAGGGUUUUGAGGAUUUCACAGGAGGAAUCGCAGAAGUAUACACUUUAGACAAGGCUCCACCAAAGCUCUUCCAAAUCAUGAAGAAGGCCCUGAGCCUGGGUUCACUGAUGGGCUGCUCCAUUGAUAUCACCAGUGCUUAUGAGACAGAGGCAGUGACAGCUCUCAAACUUGUCAAAGGACAUGCAUACUCAGUCACUUGUGCAGAAGAGGUUAAUAUUAGAGGCAAACUGGUUCAGCUGGUUCGGAUCAGGAACCCAUGGGGUCAGGUGGAGUGGACUGGGCCUUGGAGUGAUGGUUCCAGUGAAUGGAACAACGUCAGUAAGGAUGAGAAAUCAAAGUUGAACCAUGUGGCUGAAGAUGGAGAGUUCUGGAUGUCCUAUUCAGACUUCAUCAGGCAUUUCUCCAAGCUGGAGAUCUGUAACUUGACCCCAGACACGCUCACGAGUGACGAUGUGAGCCGCUGGAACCACUACCAGUUUGAAGGGAUGUGGAGGGUCGGCUCCACUGCUGGCGGUUGCCGCAAUCACGCAGCCACAUUCUGUUCCAACCCUCAGUUUGUGGUGCGUCUGGAGGAUGUGGACGAUCAUCCUCUGGAUGGGAAGGAUGGGUGCACCUUUCUGGUGGGGCUUAUGCAAAAGGAUGGACGACAGCUGAAGAAGCUUGACCGCAACCUUGAGACCAUUGGCUUUGCCAUUUAUAAGGUCCCAGAUCAGUACAAAGGCAGCAGCAAUGUUCACCUCGGUCCGGAUGUCCUGCUGCGAGAGAGACCUGUGGCCAUGAGCAGCGCCUUCAUCAACACACGGGAAGUGUGCGACCGCUUCAAACUUCCUCCAGGAGAAUAUGCCAUAAUUCCCUCAACCUUCCACCCCCACAAGAAUGGCAACUUCAUCCUCAGGGUGUUCUCAGAGAAGAAGGCUACAGCCAGUCCACUGGAGAAGGACAUUGAUGCUCAAAUAGAGGAGAAGGAGGUAUCUGAGAGUGAUGUGGAUCCUAAUUUCAAGCGCCUCUUCAAGCAGAUUGCUGGCACUGACAUGGAGGUAUCAGUCUUUGAACUGGUUGAAAUUUUGAACAACAUUGUCUCUCACCGGUCUGAUAUCAAGACAGAUGGCUUCAGCCUUGAGACGGGGCGCCUAAUUGUCAGUCUGCUGGAUAAAGAUGAAAGUACCAAGUUGGGACUGAUGGAAUUCCACUUGCUUUGGAGCAAAAUCCAGAAAUACCUGGUGAUCUUCAAGAAGUAUGACACGGACAACUCUGGCACCAUGAGCUCCCACGAGAUGAGAGGCGCCGCCACUGAAGCAGGUUUCAGCAUCAACAGUGCUGUGCUGCAGGCCAUUGUCAGUCGUUAUGCUGAUGCUCAGUAUGCCAUAGACUUUGACAGUUUUGUAGGCUGUCUCAUUAAACUGGAAAUGCUCUUCAAAAUAUUUAAAGCUCUGGAAAGUGCUGACUCAAAGAAGAUUGAGCUGGAUAUGCAACAGUGGCUGUGCCUGGCGAUCUACUAACUCUGGAGACAAGACAAGCAAGGAUUUGUGAUUUCCUUUGUGAUAUCUGCUGGAAGAGGAAGCUCAAUCAGUUAGCAAUAGAUUCGUCAUUCACAAAAACUAAAAGUAAACCCAAUGAAAAAGAUUUUCACAUACAUGUACUGUAUGUUACAAAUGCUUAGAUGGCUUAAAUGUUUUUUGUAAAUUUAAAUAUUUGCUGACAAUAUUUUUAUCAUCAUGUAGUAUUCCAGCCUUGAAUAACUCCUUUAUUUCUUUUCUUUUGUGCAGUAUGGAAAAAUGUUUCCUAUUAGUUGAUGUUUUUGCUAUUUUAGCUGUUGCAAGACUUCUGUCAAAUGAUAGAAAAUAAAGAAACUUUGAAACCA